GCCGGUUGCUGGCGAACAUGGCGGAAGGCGGAGUGGCCGAGCUGGAGACGCAGCGCGCUGACACGGCGGCUCUGAUGAAGACCCCGCUCAAGAAGGGGGACACCUGGAAGUGAUGCAAAAGAACUUCCUGGGCACAUCUGCGAAGAAGAAAUACAAAAUGGCAUCUCCUUGUGUUCAUAGCCUAAGUGAACUAUCUCCAAUUACUGAUACCAACAAAUUUUGUCAAUUGGACAAGGGGAAAAAAAAUGAAAUAGCGGUAUCUGGUGGAUAGCCGCUGGUUUAAGCAGUGGAAGAAAUAUGUUGGUUUUGAUAGCUGGGACAAAUACCAGAUGGGAGAUCAAAAUGUGUAUCCUGGUCCUAUUGACAAUUCUGGGCUCCUGAAAGAUGGUGAUUCACAGGCCCUAAAGGAGCAUCUCAUAGAUGAGCUGGAUUACAUACUGGUGCCUACAGAAGGCUGGAAUAAGCUGGUCAGUUGGUAUGGACUGACAGAGAGUCAGGAACCUAUUGCACGAAAGGUAGUGGAACAGGGUAUGUUUGUGAAGCACUGCAAGGUGGAGGUGUAUCUGACUGAACUGAAAUUAUGUGAAAAUGGAAAUAUGAACAGUGUGAUAACAAGGCGAUUUAGCAAAGCCGACAUCAUAGAUACAAUUGAAAAGGAGAUGCGAAAAUUGUUUAGUAUCCCAGAUGAAAAGGAAAUAAGAUUGUGGAAUAAGUACAUGAGCAACACAUUUGAACCCCUGAAUAAGCCUGAUAGCACAAUACAAGAUGCAGGACUAUAUCAAGGGCAGGUAUUGGUAAUAGAGCAGAAAAAUGAAGAUGGUACCUGGCCAAGAGGUCCUUCUACUAACAAGUCUCCAAGUACUUCAAAUUUUUCAACAUUGCAAAAGGUUUCCCCUUCAUCUCUGUCAAAUAAUUAUAGCAAUUUCAACAACAGAAAUGUGAAAAAUUCAAACUACUGUAUUCCCCCAUACUCUGGCUAUAACAGCUACGAUUACCUAGAACCAGGAAGACACAGUGAACAAGCUGGUCUCUGUGGCCUCAGUAAUUUGGGUAACACGUGUUUUAUGAACUCAGCAGUUCAGUGUCUAAGUAAUACCCCGCCACUGACAGAAUACUUUGUGUCCGAUGAAUAUGUGGAUGAAUUAAAUCAUGAUAACCUACUGGGAAUGAAAGGAGAGAUAGCCAACGCUUAUGCAGAUCUCAUCAAACAGAUGUGGUCAGGCAAAUAUAGCUAUGUUACUCCAAGGGCAUUUAAGACUCAAGUGGGUCGAUUUGCUCCUCAGUUUUCUGGCUACCAGCAACAGGAUUCUCAAGAACUUCUCGCCUUUCUGCUUGAUGGUUUACACGAAGAUUUGAAUAGGAUUAGAAAAAAGCCAUAUAUUCAACUGAAAGAUGCAGAAGGAAGGCCUGAUGAGGUGGUUGCUAAGGAGGCAUGGGAAAACCACAGAAAACGAAACGAUUCCAUCAUUGUAGAUAUUUUCCAUGGUCUUUUUAAAUCUACACUCGUUUGCCCUGAAUGUUCAAAAGUUUCAGUGACGUUCGACCCAUUUUGUUAUUUAACGCUUCCAUUACCCUUAAAAAAGGAGCGCACCUUGGAGGUUUUCCUUGUUGGAAAUGAUCCACUCAGCAAACCUAUGCAGUAUAAAGUAGUUGUUCCAAAAAUCGGCAUAAUUUCUGAUCUGUGUGCUGCACUCUCUACUCUUUCCCAUGUCCCUGCAGACAAGAUGGUUGUCACGGAUAUAUACAACCACCGGUUUCACAGAAUAUUUUCCAUGGAUGAAAACCUGAGAAGCAUCAUGGAACGAGAUGAUAUCUUUGUUUUUGAAGUGAGUUGCAGUAGAACGGAUGAAACGGACACAGUUGUAAUUCCAGUCUAUCUACGGGAAAAAUAUCGGCAGUCGGGCUAUGGCCACCACAGCAACACCUGCUUAUUUGGCCAACCGUUUAUGAUAUCUGUGCCGAGAAGCAUAACAGAGGAAAAGCUUUACAACCUGUUACUUAUGAAAAUGUGCCGGUACAUUAGAAACUAUAAUGAAAACGAAGAUGAGGAAGGAACUCUUCAUUUUUCCAAAGACCUUGGUAUCAAUGGGAACGGGCAAAAUGGUGUUCAUGAGGAAGGAUCUCCAAGUGAAAUGGAGACAGAUGAGCAGGAUGAUGAAUCCAGUCAAGAUCAAGAACUUCCUUCUGAAAAUGAAAACAGCCAGUCAGAGGACUCCGCUGGGGGAGACAACGAGGACUCUGAAAAUGGCAUUUGCACUGAUGAUUCUUGUAAAGGGCAGAUAUUUCAGGGACACAACAAACAGCUCUUUACAUUCCAGUUCAAUAAUUUGGGAAAUCCGGAUAUCAAUUAUGUCAAGGAUGACAGGCAUAUCCGAUUUGAAGAUAGCAGGCAGAUCAGGCUCGAUGAGCGAACAUAUCUGGCAUUAGACUGGGAUCCUGAAGUACGAAAGCGAUGGUUUGAUGACAGUGCAGCAGAGGAAUUUGAGAAACAUGAAAGCAUGGAAUAUAGGCCUCAGAAAAAAAUGUUUGUUAAAUUAAAAGACUGUAUUGAACUUUUUACAACGAAAGAAAAACUUGGUGCAGAAGACCUCUGGUACUGUCCAAACUGCAAGCAACAUCAGCAAGCCACCAAAAAAUUAGAUCUGUGGUCAUUACCUCCUGUGUUAGUGGUCCAUUUGAAGCGAUUUUCCUAUUGUCGAUACUGGCGAGAUAAGCUGGACACUCUUGUUGAUUUUCCUAUUAGUGAUUUAGAUAUGUCUGAAUUUCUUAUCAAUCCAAAUGCUGGCCGCUGUGAAUAUAAUUUGAUUGCUGUGUCUAAUCACUACGGUGGAAUGGGUGGAGGGCAUUACACGGCUUUCGCCAAGAACAAAGAUGACAACAAGUGGUACUAUUUUGAUGAUACCAGUGUUUCAUCUGCAACAGAAGAUCAAAUAGUAUCCAAAGCAGCUUACGUGCUUUUCUACCAGAGACAAGACACAAUCAGUGGCACGGGCUAUUUUGCACAUGACCACAGUGCCAAGAAGGAAGAUGCUGCUGCUUUAGGCCUCGCUCAGGACAGCGACGAGGACUGUAAUGAGAACGACGUAGAGAAUGAAAGCUGCAUGCACACAAACUGACCUGUACAAUUGCCAUGUUAAAACUCUCCAAUGCAGACUUCUGCACAAACACUUAAAAAGAUAGAAGCAAGCCACAAACUAGGAGUGAGACGUCACCUGGGGAAGAGGUGCUGCAUCAGUCUGAGCAAGAAGCCAUUUGGGGUCUGUGUCAAAGUAGACUUAAGGUGAAUUACUUGAAGCUGAUAAUGUGUUAGAAAUGCAAGUAGAAGCUAACUGCAAUAUAAGAUCCAUGAAAUCUAUUUGUCUUACUGAUGUAUGCAGGUUCUUCACACUAAAUAUAUGCAGAAAUAUUUAAGUGAUCCCUGUUUUCACUCUUCUAUAGUUUUUGAAAAUAUACUGGCUAAUGUUUUCCCAAAAAUGCCAUUUUUAAGUUAGUUUUGUGUCUGUGUGCUAAAGUGUGCAAUGUAUGUGCCCUGCUUCAGCAACAGAGAAUGAGCACUUAAACUGAACAGACGACUGCUUCACUAAUUCUGUGACAGUUUGCUGUCCUCCUUGGUUUAAACAAUCAAUGCAAAGGGCCAUAAAAGUUAAGGACUAGUGUCAGCUACCAUUUGAAAGUGUUGUGCUGUGACUUCUAACUUGCUGUAAAGUUGACCCAGAGAGGAUUGCACCCACAUUGUGAGCCUUGACAACACGUGCUGCUUGUGGAUGUUUAGAAACUCUACUUUAACCCUUUGAGGACUGCAGUGGCAUUUCUGCACCGAAACAUGAAUCACAACUGUGUUCGUUCAACAAAUCAAAGGCGGUCCCACUAAAUUUCUCGAAUUCUCCUUUCCGAAUAGUUGUGAGGUGCAGCGUUAGAAAACCAUUUCUGCAGCUGUUCUGUGACGGAAAACUUCUUUUUGAAAACUGCAAAGAGCUUGCAGUACUCAGGGUUAAAAAUAGAAUGUCGUAACAAAUAAAUUGAUGUGCUAGAAAGUUUUCCUUUCUUCAGUGAACUGAAGUUUGCACACUCUCAUUCUACUGUACAGCCAGGGGGCUAUUCAAAUUUCCUUCACAUGUCUAAGUUAGUGUAUUAAAAUUAGACAACUUUAGAAUAUAUCAAAUUUGAUAGAAUGUGAGCAAGUGGGUUGAUUUUAUUUUAAUUCCUGUUUGGAAAUCACCAUAGCCUUACUGCAUAUUAAAUUAUGUACUUGCA